AUGGGCAUAUUAGUCGACCAAGGUCUUGCAUGGUGGAAGAUGCUUGUCAAAGACGCAACACCCUCUUUUCACCCAAACGACAAUUAUCUGUAUAACAACACAACUCUAGCGGACCUCUACAGUCACCGUAGCGGUAUGUCAUCAUAUGGAAACCUGGCCGGUGGUUGUGAGGGCAACAUCUUGAUUGGCAAAGACGACUGCAUGCGGGUCGUUAAUCACCAGACUCUGGUCCCCGCACACCUCGGUUCAUUUGCAUACAACAGUACUGCUUAUGACGCCUGCGAUGAGAGUUUCAAAAGCCUCAGCGGCACGCCUCUGGACGACUUCCUCCAGCAGCACGUCUUCGCUGAGCUCGGCUUGCGAAGAACCUUCAUGAGACCCCCGCCCAGCGACGCAGAUAAUGUGGCAAAGUCCUACAACGCCUUGGAUGAUGGUACACCAUGGUGCAUACCGGGACCUAAGCUUGGCGAGGAUGAUAUCGGCUGCGGUUCCGAUGGACUCCGUUCUUGCGCUGCUGAUUUGGCCAAGCUCUAUACCUGCUUUGUCCAGAGUUUCAACCAUGAGUGUCACACAGGCCAAACCUCUACACCAGGCUCCCCUCUAAAGCAGGUAUCGAAGACCAUGUCUCCUCAUGUGCCAAUGCUCUCGACUGAGAAGGGGGAGGUAUCUUACGGACUGGGAUGGGCGCGUGUGCAACUGCCCAACACCAUGGGACACAUCGGGUUGAAUGGCAGGUUAAUGCCGCAUGGCAUGCCGGUUAUCGGGAAAGGAGUAGCUGACGAGCUGAUAUUAUACCAUCAAGGCACGCUCCCAGGCGCUCUUGCGGUUGUUAUACUGAUUCCACCUACGGAAACCGUCGUGUUGGUCAUGAGCAACAGCCUCUCACUUACGGACAUGCCUGACUGGGUCUCACAAAUGGUACUUGAAGAGAUCAGGGAUAUUCCGAUCGAAGAUCGCACCGAUUUUGUAACAUACGCUAAGACGUCUAUCGCUAUCAACUUGGGAUGGUAUGCCCGGAUUACCCAAGGUCUCAUGCAAGGUCAACCGCAGACCAUUAAACCCCACGGACCCUUGGAGUCUUACAUGGGAAAAUAUGAAGAUGAGAGUCGCGUUUUCAGUGCUGUGGUCACUGUGAAAGAGGGAGUGCUCUUUUUGGCAUUCCAGGGAAUGGAUUCGGAAAAGUACAAGCUAACACAUUAUGAUGGCGAUACUUUUACAUGGUUGCAACCACGGAACGACUUGUCGCGCCGAGGUAGAUAG